AUGGAAGCAAAGGAAGUCUUCGAGGACACUACUGUGAGCCCUACCAACGGUUAUCAAGAUGAUAGUGAAAAAGAGGUCUCUGCGCCAGCUAUAUCGGCCGAUGAAAAACCAGAAGAACCGGCCUUUGAUACUGGUAUGAUAGCUUGGACACAAGUUUUGGGGUCAUUUAUCCUAUUUUUCAACUCUUGGGGUGUUGUAAAUACGUGGGCUGUUUUUCAGACAUAUUAUGAACAGCACACCCUCUCUCACAUGUCGUCUUCAUCCAUAGCUUGGAUUGGGUCCCUGCAAUCUUUCCUGCUUAUGAUGUUUGGAGUCGUGGCAGGACCAGCAUUUGACGCAGGGUAUUUCCGCUGGCUUCUCGGUUUUGGGACGAUCAUGCUGCCUUUUGGUCUGAUGAUGACCAGUUUAUCCACACAGUUCUGGCAUUUUAUUCUCGCGCAGGGAGUUUGCGUUGGCAUUGCUUGCGGCUGCUUAUUCGUCCCAUCCGUAGCGAUUUUGCCCCAGUACUUCAAGCGGAAAAGGGGACUGGCGAAUGGUAUCGCAGCGACUGGGAGCAGUAUCGGCGGUGUGAUUUACCCUAUUAUGUUCAAUGAAUUGCAGCAAGAGGUCGGUUUCCGCUGGGCAACGCGCGCCGUGGGCUUCCUUGCCUUUGGAACCUGCUUGAUCUCCUUUUCCCUGAUGCGCAUGCGGUUCCAGCCCAAGGAAAAGCGCAAACUAGUCCAACUCUCGGCAUUUGAAGAAUUUCCCUUCGUGCUUUACGCUAUUUCCAUGUUCAUCGGCUUCUUGGGAUUCUACAACUUCCUGUUCUAUGUCCAAUCCUACGCCAUUGAAACCGGGAUCGUCAACUCCCAUCUGGGGUUCUACCUGAUCUCAAUGCUCAACGCCGGCUCUACCCUUGGACGAAUCCUCCCCAACUUCAUAGCCGACCAUACCGGCCCCAUGAACAUGCUUACCCCAGCUGUAACCGUCACCUCUAUCUUGUCCUUUGUUUGGAUCGGCGUCCACACUGCCCCGGGGAUCAUUAUCUUGUCUGUUCUGUACGGAAUAUUCUCCGGCGGGUUUGUCUCUCUCCCCCCCGUGGUGAUGAUUACCUUGACCAAGGACCUUCGCGACCUGGGAACCCGGUUGGGCAUGCUCUUUGGAAUUAUUUCCAUCGCGCUCUUGGUUGGCACCCCUAUUGGCGGUGCUAUCCUAAGCUCCUCGCAUAAUUUCCUAGGGCUCCAGCUGUUUACGGGCUGUUGCUUGGUUGUAUCCGCUGGCCUUAUGUUUGUGUUGCGGUUUUCUCGCACGGGACCCAGGCUCUUCGUUCGAGCCUAA